CAGCAUCAGCCUAUGGGCGACCUCUAUAGAGGAAUUCAGCCUUUUGUAAGGAGACUGGCGACACACACAGAGAAGAAGAUGGUGACAAAGGGAGGAUAAAAUGUUCUUGUUAUCGCCUUAAGCCGAGAGGACCUGCAUCAUGGGUGAUAUUUUGACUAUUUGAUAAUAAUUAGUUAUCAUGUUAAAUGUAAUUUAUAUAUUCGCAGUGUAAUCUUGCCGGCAUCAUCUUCGGCUGGCACACGUUUUUUGGCCGAGCUGCGUUCAAGAACACUUGGGACUUUACAGCGUUCGCUCCCCCCUUUCCCCUCCCCUCAAUCUAGCUUUGUUUUAUUUCCGCAUUGGGAAGCUGAAUGUGGGUUUUAUGAAACGUAUGAAGCGUCGGUGUUUGCUGCUGCUCUCCUCCUCCUUCUUCUACUGGACUACUAGCGAUCCUCACAGAGGGCAUUACCCUCCUCCCCGCCGUUAAAGACAUUUUGAUCGUCCUCUACUACCCCCCCAACCCACCCACCACCACCACUACCCCCACCCCCGUCACUCCUCCAGCCGCCACUACCGCUUUCACCAUGUCCGGACCGACGCUGACGGACCGGAUCGCCGCCGCGCAGCACAGCAUGAGCGGCUCAGCCAUCAGCAAAGCCGUCUGCAAGGCCACGACGCACGAAGUGAGCGGACCCAAGAAGAAGCACCUUGACUACCUGAUCCACUGCACCAACGAGCUGAACGUCAGCAUCCCUCAUCUGGCAGACACGCUGCUGGAGCGCACGGCCAGCAACAGCUGGAUCGUGGUUUUCAAAGCGCUCAUCGCCACGCAUCACCUCAUGAUGUACGGCAACGAGAGACUGAUGCAGUACAUGGCCUCCAGAAACACGCUCUUCAACCUCAACAACUUCCAAGAUAAGGCUGCACUACAAGGGUACAACAUGUCGACCUUCAUCAGACGCUACAGUCGCUACCUGAAUGAAAAAGCUAUGUCGUACCGGUUAGCGGCAGUGGACUUCACCAAGAUGAAGCGAGGGGCUGACGGUGUGAUGCGCACCAUGAACACAGACAAGCUGAUUAAGACACUACCUGUUAUUCAGAACCAGCUGGAUGCUCUGCUGGAUUUCCAGCCCAACUCCAAUGAGCUGACCAACGGCGUCAUCAACACGGCCUUCAUGCUGCUCUUCAAAGACUCCAUACGGUUGUUCGCCGCCUACAACGAGGGAGUCAUCAACAUGCUAGAGAAAUACUUUGACAUGAAGAAGCAGCAAUGCAAAGAGGCGCUGGAGAUCUACAUGGCCUUCCUCAACAGGAUGACCAAACUGUCCGAGUUCCUCAAAGUGGCCGAGGCACCCAGCUCGCUCCUGGAAGCUCUGGAGCAGCAUUUAGCCUCUCUGGAAGGCAGGAAGCUGAAAGACCUCUCCAUUGCCAGCAGAUCCAGUGCGGUGUCGUCUCUCUCCAGCACCGAAAUCUCCCUAAGCCGAAUGGACAACAAGACAGAGACGGAAAACAGACUGCAGCAACACAAGGACGACGGUCAUAAGGUGAUCGACAUCCAGACGCCCAAUGUGUCCCCCAGCACCCAGUCAGUGGGAAGUGCUAACAGCAGCGGAGGGGCCACGGACCUCUUCUCCCACUCCCCCCUUGUACCAGUCAACAACUAUGUGCCAAAUCUGACCAGUGAGCUGUUCACCCUGCAGCCUACCUUCACCCCCCUCCAGACCACACACACUGUGCCCAACAACAACGCCUGGGGAGGUGAUCUCCUCAAGCCAGCCCCACCCACUCAGAUUCUCAGCCCCGGAGCCCCAUUACACUCUGGGAAGAUGCUUCACAACGAUUUGGACUCUUCAUUAGCUAACCUCGUCGGGAACCUGCAGUUUGGUGGGACGCCAGCUAAAAGACCUGAGCUUCAGUGGAGUCAGCUGGUGGAGAAGAAGCCGACAGCGGGGAACGGCUGGCAGACCAAGACCAUGUGCACCAGCACAAACUGGACUCACUCGGCCCAUCCCAUGGCCCCCGCACCCAUGCCCGUCCCUCAGAUGAAUGGGGUGAUCUACACUGGCUAUGCUCCAGCUCCAGUAGCUUUUCCUAUGACGACUCCACAAGUGCCUGUCUAUGGAAUGCUCCCCCCUCAGAUGAGUCAUCAGAUGGGGGGUGUUCCGAUGAUGCCCCCGCAGCCUGUCAUGUAUAACCAGCCGGUCCUGAGACCCACCAAUCCCUUUGGACCCAUACCGGGGACACAGAUGCACUUCAUGUAAGACAACGCCGUAACCAUGGCAUCCAAGCCCAGAGCGCCAGAGAAAGAGCUGUGAAGACAACAAAAUGGACGGUGGGAUGAAGAAGACAGAGACUAAGAAAGAGAGAUGAAGGAGAAAAGAACCGGCACUUGGCCCUCCUCGCUUCCCGUCAGUGUCGCCGACUGAUCUCUCUCAACGAAUCCAAAUAGAGGAAGCAGAGGCUCAAUCCAACUCAACACCAUUGGCCGAAAAACGACCUGUGAUGACGCUACGACGACUCCAAUGAAGCAUAGAUGUUUCAUCUCCAAUCGACACUGACCUUCUCCCUCUUUGUCCCUAGAGUUUAAAAAAAACAUUGGAUCGUUUUUUGCUGGCACUUUACUCAAUGUGAUCUUUGCCAAGGGUGUGUGUGUGUGUGUGUGUGUGUGUGUCUUGUUCACAUUUGUUGAGCCAUUCAAAACCUGUUGAGUAUUUGUAUGCAUUUUUUUUUUUAGCUCCAUUUAAUGUUCUUGUUUGCCAACUUCAAUUCAUUAGGGGCGCAUGCUGUACGUGUGGAUAGAUUGUGUUUGUUUUUGUUGUCACUGCACUGGAACUACUGACAAUAGCACUGAGCCAGACCGAGGAAUCCCAAAUUUGGAUGUAAUCAAACCCUCUUUGACUACUUUCUACUUUACAAUGUUAUUUUGUUUUCUGCAGAUGUGCAAUAUCAUGCAAAACUAGUCUUUUUUUCCAUCAUGCUGUCAUCAGGAUUAUGUACAGAAACGCUUUUCUGUAUCCUCAAAUGCACUGAGUGACAGAUAGAUGGUCUCUUAUUAGAAAUGAUCGCAGUCCCCAAGGGUGUGGAUGAUGUCCUUUCCUGACCAGUCGACAAAAAAAGUAUUUUUAACACACCAGACAAGGGUAAUUACUGUAGAAGACGCCUUUGUUAAUGCAGUGUUAAGAUUUAUGCAUAUUACAUCUAAAAAAGGUCAGUGAGCAGAGUUAACAGGGACGGCUGAGGGUUAACGCCUGUCUAUCACGGGCUGAUAGAUUAGCCGGGACAGCUCGGAGAGGCUUUAAUGAGAUGUUAACUAUGUGUGGCUUUUCUGGUGACUGAUCUGUCUUUAUAGCACAAAAAUCUUUCGAUAAGGGGGCAAAGCUCUGCUGCACAAAAAAAACCCUAAAAAUCAUUGCUGGGAUGUACAGUCGAAAGGGGCAAUAAUCGAUUGGGCUGUUUGUUUUUCUAUUGAUGGCAUCUGUUCUGUGUAAAAGGACGAAGUCGUGUUUGUCGGUUUAGGAGUGUAUGGUUUUUGUGACCAUCUCCGGAGUCUAUCCAAGGACUCGCUGGAGUUCCCUAUCAAGAGUGAGCCAAAGUCAACACCCCCCUGCGGGUUCUGUGACUACCAGCAGUUUUGACGUUGGAAAUAGGCUCCAAGGCUGCCUGACAUUUGGACAUUUUUACUUUCUCAUCACUGUGUCCCAGAGGCGUCCCACUGACUGCCUGUUAAGUGUGUCCUCUGUAUAUAGGUGAUGCUGUUCAUGUGUGUUUUUAGACGUGUUCCCCGUACUGUGGUGGCCGGAGCCCACCUCCCCCCGACCCUCCGUUGGAUGACGUACUGUAUGUGAGACAAUUUAUUGCUGUAUCUGUGUUUGAAUGGUUGUGUUUUCAAGGUGUCAUAGUCCAGGGGAUGAUGGUGGGUUAGGGGGUUGAUGUUAGUCAUGUUUGUGUCUGUCUACAGGGGGGGAAGAGGGUGGGGUUCAGGGGUGUCUAAGUUAAACUGUUGCCCCUUUCACACAGCCUGUAAGAGCCGGCUUUUAUCCCCUGUGUUGCUGUUCUGUAUAAACAGAAUGGGGGGGAAUAAAGUCGGCAAUUUUCUGCCUUCAGAGGUAGUAUCGGAGCCGUAACAGAGGCAGGAGGCUACCUGUGUGUAAGGGUAUUUCUGCAAUGUCGGAACAACUCACUUCUCUUGCACUGUUGUGAUGAAAGCAACGGUCGCUGUCCGACAAGUACUUUAAAAGUCAUGCAAAACGCUGCCAUCGUCACACAUACAAAUUAUCUGAUUGCACGAUGCUAUGUUUGUGUGUGUGAAAACGGACGCAGGUGUGGUAAUACCCUGCUUCAAUGGGUUCUGUGUGAAAUACACAGAUGAAUAAAUGUGGCAUCCAAUGUCAUGGUUCUCAAGCGCCACUUGCAGGAUCUCUGUAUGAAAAGAGUAUCAUGUUAACUGCAGCCCAUUUCACACAGAGUGUAAAAGCCGCCUCAUCCCGUGUUGCUGUUCUGUUUAAACGGCACCAACAUGAGAAGGAGAGGCAUAUCCGGGCUGUAACAGAGGCGGCAUGCCAUCUGUGUGUAAGGGUAUUUGCAAUGCCGAUACCGAGGAGUGACAUUUAACAACAACCGACACUCCCUUAGCCUACCCUGUUGUCUAAGCAAUUGUCUAAUAAUCCAAUGCCGUGUUGACAGUCCGUCGACGGCCACAUCCUGUGUAAAAGGCACAGGUGAAUAAAUGCCAGAUCUACUGCUGUUACGGCUACUUUGCGGCAUCUCUGUGUGAAAGAGGCUCAUCACAACUGGUCUACACCAAGAGUGUCUUCAUCAAGGAAGAGGACAGGACAGGGUCUGUCCUCUUCGACAAACAGGAACAUUUUUUGCACCAAAGUCAUCAUCAAAGCGCAGCUUCUUCUAAGUCAAGGUCGUUACUGAGGAUCAGAACUCAAAAAAACUAUUUUAGGUUGUUUUCUUUUUCAGUUGUUUUGAAAGUCUUGUUUUGUUUUUUGCAUGAUUAAGUGUCGUCUUUUUAUUGGAUUGUGGGCCCGGCAAAAGCAUGACCAUUGUGGUAACUUUCACUUUUUAUCUUGUGUCUUUGAAAACUGCUAUGACAAUUUCUACACAAGAUUAUUUUUUCUUUCCAUGAACAUGAAUUGACAUUCAUAAAUCAUAUGGUUUUACAACACAAUAGGGGGUCUGUGACCGUUUGAAGGCUGCCUUGCAUGCAGAAAUGCAACCGUGCAAGAAUCCCAUGAAGAACUUCAAACCCAGUUACUGUCUUUGUAAAACACCAUGAAUGUCAAUGCCAGUUUUUUCUCAUCCUUUCUCAUUGUAGCUAACUCAACAUCGCAGUCUUGUUAAAAAUCGCUCUUUAUUAUUAUUAAAAAAAAAGCCUUGCUAUUUUCCAAUAUGUGUUUGAAUGCUCGCUCCUUUUUCAUACAAUGCCAGCAGCAUCAUGGCAGGUUUUGGGAAUGAAAGUCAAAAGUACUGUAAUAAGUGUUGGUCUGGUCCACAUUGUGCAGUGUAUCUUAACGUGUUUUGCUCAGUCUCGUCCCGUCUGUUGCCAUUAUAGCUGAUAUUAAAAUGUUCCAAGGCCUCCACUUGGCCCUGGUUAACUAACAGAAAAACAGGGCGAGAUCCACUAGAAGCCUCAACUUUUUGAUCACACAGUUAACACAUAAGCAGGUCAUAACAGGUGUACAGUCUGAGAGCACGGGCCUCUAUAAACUUUAUUUUUGUAACACACAGAUUACCUGUCAGGUUUACGCCGUAUGUUCCUUUCCUCUAUUUAGUUCCUCUCCUGUAAGAGACAACACAAAAAACUACAGGUUCGUUAGUUUGAGCACAGAUGUUCAUUGGAGAUUUUUUUUCACACUACAAAUUGGGUGAAAAGAAAUAUCGCCUGGAUUCAAUCUGAAAUUAAUCGCUCCUUGGAUACCGCAAUCUCCAAAUAAUAUGCAACUGUGUCCAUUAGCUUCUUUUUCCAUCCAUAAUCUACAGUUUCUAGUCUGCAGCAGGUUUUCCCAAUGUUUUUUUAUGCUUAAGACCCAAAUUAAGACACUUAAUCACAUAUACUGUAAGGAAAUUACAAACACCACCACAUACGUGACAAUUAUUACAACAACAAGCAUCGUUUUGGUGAUACAUAAAGUAGCUUUUGGGUCAUGGCAUAAAGUUUGGGAAUCCCUGGUCUACAAAAUCAGCACCAUAGUUGAGGAAAAGGGUUAUAUCAGAUGGAAAUUAACUUUUCAGUUGUAGCACAAUGGAUGAAAUUACUGGAUCACUACCAAAAUCAGCAUAUACUCUAGUGACAUAGGAUACUACAAAUAUAUAUAUUAAAAAAAAAAAACAAUCAGAAAGAACAAAUUGCAUUUUGGUCACUCAGAACAUGUCUAUGCUAAUGGUUUCAAAAUGUGACAGGGUGCCUCAUAAGGCUUCAGGGGAGAUGUAGCAGUUUGAGAAAAUAAAGCAAACUUGUGUUUAAAAAUAACAUAAUUUAGUUCUUAGAGUGAAUAAACAAGCUCCUGAAAAUCACAUUUUUCAGAGGCUUGGCAUCUCUUGUUGCAUUAUAUUCUCAGAGGGAAGGCUCACUGUCACAUUUUGAAAACCCCUGGUCCAUUACCUCACUAUACCUUUUGUGUAGGCUGCCAAAUUGACUGUCUCCAUUUAUCCUUUUUGUUUGCAUAAAAAAAAGCAAUGAUCACCACCACGGAAUAAAAGCUGAUGUGUUUGGAAGGAAAAUAAAUUAAACAUCAUCUGAUGCUUAACUCAAAGUGAUUUGAUGACUACCCCGCAACACACUAAGCA